AUGGAGUGGAAGCUAAAGAAGAUACUGUCGCGUUUACUGGAGCUGAUUAUUUUGUGCUAUAUGGUUCAUGGAACUGCAGUGGAGAAUAGAGAAUGCAGGGAGCAGGAGUAUAGGGAUGAAGCAGGGGACUGUGUCGCCUGCAGACAGUGUGGAUCUGGGCAGGAGUUAUCCACGGAAUGUGGCUUUGGCUAUGGGGUGGGUGCUCGCUGUGCACCCUGCAGACCGGGGCGCUACAAAGAGGAAGCAGGAGGGCAGAAAUGCAAGCCGUGUCUAUCAUGUGCCCACACCAGCCGCCUCCAUAGAGCCAACUGCACCACCACAGGAAACGCUGUGUGUGGAGACUGUCUGCCUGGGUUCUAUAGGAAAACCAAACUGAGUGGGUUUCAGGACAUGGACUGUGUACCCUGUGGAGACCCUCCUCAUGCCUAUGAGCUUCUCUGCAGUAGCAGGGUGAACCUGGUGCCCCUUUCGUCUGUUGUGGCAAGCCCCAGGGACACUGUCCUGGCUGUAGUCAUCUGCAUCGCUCUGACUUCUGUCCUACUGGCCCUAAUGCUUUUCUGUGCCAUCUACUGCAAAAGACAGCUGGAGAAGAAACCUCAUGAGCCAUGUCACGGUGGUAGCUGCUAUGAUGCAGAGUUCCCCAGCUUUGAGAAUAUUCAGGUCCAUCAGCUACAUCAGAUCACCUCAAACUGCUACCAUGGUACGGGCAUAACUUGUGGUCCAGUGAAGCUUUUCCCCUAUCAGUUCUCUGAGGAACCUUGCAGCAUGGAGAACAGCAGUGGCUUCCGUCUCCACUGUUCUCAGAACAGCAAUGGAAUGGCCACAUAUCCUGCCUGGGAGUCACAGAGAAGACCACUAGAGAACCCACUGCCCAGUGAGCUGAACCAUGACCUCUACCAAACUGAUGUGGAAGUGUCUGAUGAGGAAUUUUCCUUAGAGGAUGAUGAAACAUUGACAGGAGAGAAGACGUGGACCCAUGCUAUAUUAAACUAAAGAUCUGGGAUUCAUUAAACUGUACUGAGUAGGCCUAAAAGCAGGGACCAUUUCUUCAUGAGGAUAACCUUUGAUAUGUUGACUGUCAUCAUAACAGAUUUGUGGUUAUGUGAAAGACAUAGCAACUGCUGACAAAUGUGAGUUGCUGGUUUCCAAGCCAUUCAAACCUGUAUUUUCUGCUUCUGUUAUUUUCCAGAGCUCAUCUCAUUGCCAUUACCAAAUAUGUGUGGGCCAAUGUCUGAUAUAGUACAAGUUUAAAUUGAACCAAUUCUCUUGGAUUAAAAUAAAUAAAUAAAAUGUACCAUGUAUGUAAAUACAUUUAAAAAGCUUGUAAUUUACAGUCAAAUCCAAAAUUAUUGGCACCCUUGAUAAAGAUGAGCAAAAAAAGACUAUAAAAUACAAAUUCUGAGCUAUUGUAUUUUAUAAUAGUACAAUUGCUUAGAAAAAGAUUGUUUAACAAAUAAUAAAAAAUCUCA